CUUUCUCAGAAAGUUUCAUGAGACUCAUCCUGCACGUCUUAUAAAAUUCUGGUAAAUCCAGAGAACACAAAAACAAUUGCUACGAAUCGCUUCUGCUGAAGAAUCGCGAGCCUAUCAUCAUUCUGACGCGAUUUUCUUGUUUGGUUCAACGUGCGAGGAUCCCCCCAAAGGUUGAGGAUUUGUGUCGCUACCCGGACGAAAUCGGAGAGGUUGAACGUUGAACUGCCUUAUUCGAUGUCCUCCGAAUUGGCACCAGAAUCCGUCGGGCCGCCUCCCAGAGAGGUCCUCCGUCCUUUACCCUUCGCUAGAGCACGGGAUUUCAAUUUGUGAGUCGAUCACAGGCGACGUCAUCGAAUCUGCCGAGGACCUUUAUAAGCACUCGUCCAUGUCAGACAUCCUUUUCUUAUACCACUACCACCAUGUCCAACUCGAGUUCUCUUCCAAUGGUUCGAGGAAGCUCCCAGCGUUCCUUCACGGGAACGCUUACUUUGAUUGCGCUACGCGCCGCCGACCCCUUACUCCAGUACACGCUCUUCCAAAAAGGAUACGCUGCCGACGCGCUUGUACGCGUCGGACUCCUUCACCCAGCCAGAACAUUAGCGUUGGGGAACGGUAUUGGCCCAGUACCGACUCUGCUUGUUAGGAUGUACUCGGUUGCUGCCCUUCGCCAUUGCUACUGGGUAACCUGCACCAAUGACUCGACGUAUUUCCCGCCUUCUGCCGGUCUGUUUGUUGGCGGCUUCAAUAUUGCCGCGUCGACUUUCAACACGUUUGUCGCGGCAUAUAUGCUCUCCAAGGCAUCCUAUCUAUUGAGCGCUCCCGUUGAUAGCUUUGAAGGAUGGGUAUCGGCAUUGGGAUGGCAUCAAUGGGUCGGACUCGGGAUGUUUGCAGCAGGAAUCGCCAUGGAAAUCGUCUCUGAGGAAUCACGAAAGGCGUUCAAGGCAAAACCGGAGAACAAAGGCAAAGUCGAUGAUACAGGUCUUUUUGGCUUCGUGAGACAUCCUAACUAUCUGGGCUACCUUCUAUGGCGUUGCGGGAUGACCCUUGCUACCGGCUCUAUCCCUGCUACGAUCACUUAUGGGAUUUUCCAGUUUACCCAGUUCGCAUUUUCCAUCCCAGACCUGGCGGCACAUAUGAGCAGGAAAUAUGGAGAUCAAUGGACGGAUUACCAGCGUCGUGUCGCGUCCCGCAUGAUUCCUGGUAUUUAUUGAAAGUGAAAUUAAGUGUAAGUUCCAAGAAGUCGACGAAGUGUAUCCCAACUGUCGUGUUGACUUGUUGUAACAUAUUGAAAAAACGUGAUUAUCUUUAUUCAGCCAGCUGUCGCACAUGAAGUUUGCUCGAUAUAUGCGCUUGUGGAUUGCCUAGGUUUGUCAUAUAUCCUUAGAUCAUAUAUCACUACUGCGGCCCGAC